AUGGUUGAACAAAACGAAAACGACGUCAAGGAUGCCGUACGGAAGCAAGUGGAAUACUACUUCGGGGACAUUAACCUACCAAGAGACAAGUUUUUACAAGAGGAGAUGAAGAAAGACGAAGGAUGUAAGUCUGUAUAUUUUUUCAUAAUCUUUUUUUAGGGAUCCCUCUAGAAACGAUGCUGAAAUUCAACCGUCUGGCUAAGAUCACAACAGAUUUAAAAGUUUUGGCAGAUUCUCUCCAAGAAUCAGAUUUGAUUGAGGUGUCUGAAGAUAAGAGCAAGAUAAGAAGAAGCCAAGAAGUCCCUUUGCCGGAAAAUACUUUGGAAUAUUGGCAGGAGAUUAAAAGAAGAACCGUUUAUGUGGUAGGUGUCCUUUUCUGCAAAUAUCUUCUCACGGCAAGAAAAAUGUUUCCCUUCAAUAAAUUCAGAUUUGCGAAUCGCUACAAGAGUUUUCAACCUGUCUUUUUCCCAAAUUGGAAUUAAUUCUGAUAGUUUCUGUGGGGCCCGGAAACAUAAAUGCCAACGCUUAGCAUUUCGACAAAGCGGCCGGGCCUAAAAAUGGCUCAGGCCCGGCUCGGAGGUCACCCCUAUUGAUGCGAAACGUUUUAUUCUAACUUUUAUUGACGUGCCUAUGAUUUUAGAAAGGAUUUCCCCAAGACACCACUUUGGAUGAAAUUCAAACUUUUGUCAACCCUCAUGGUGAUAUCAAGAAUGUCUUAAUGAGGCGUCUGAAGAAGGAGAAGACAUUCAAAGGCUCUGUUUUUGUAACGUUUUCCGACCGUGAGAGUGCCGAGAAAUUUUCAAAAGAUGAAGCUUCGACUACGUUUAAGGAUAUUGCUCUUACUAAAUUAAUGCAGGAUGAUUAUUGGGCAAAGAAGAGUCAAGAAACAAAACAGAAGCGGCAAGCCGAGAAAGACUUGAAGAAAAGGAAGCAAGCUGAGCAAAAGGCGGAAGAAGAAAAGAAUGCCCUUGCUUCUUGUUUCGUUAAAGGAGCAGUUCUUGAGGUAUCAGGAUUAGGAUCCGAAGCCUUCAAGUAUGACGAUCUUAAGGUUUUCUUCAAAAAGUUUGGACCAGUGGCAUUCGUUGCUUAUGAGGCCGGAAACGAUAAGGUACGUUUCUUUACGGUUUAUGAUUAACCGCUGAAAUUUAUACUUUUAAAUUCUUGUUUUAGGCACAAAUUCGAUUUGAUGCUAAGGAAGAGGGUGUCGCAGAAGCUUCUUGGAAGAAAGCAGAGGGAGAAGAAGGGAAGGUUGUCUUCAAUGGAAAGGAGUUGACUUCCAGAGUAUUGGAAGGCGAAGAGGAAGAAGCUUAUUGGACCGAGUUUACCAAGAGCAAGGUCGCAAAGAAUGACAGAUCUCAUAAGAAGUUUGGACGUCGUCCAGACAAGCGUAGUGCUCGAGGUGAUGUGAAUAUUGUUAAUAAAAAAGCAAAGCACACCGUCUUUAAUGAAGAUGACCAAGAUGGAGAUGCUUCGGAAGAAUCUAAGCAGGAAUCCUGA